AUGGACAAUAAAAGACAAAUAUUUGGAUUUGUUGACAUGGGAAUAGAUGGUUUAUAUGACCAUGAUGAUCCUCCAGAAGCUAAAAAUGCACUUGUGUUUAUAGUAGUAGCAUUAAAUGGAUAUUGGAAGUUACCCAUAGGAUAUUUUUUAAUCGACUCACUUAAUGGGAAAGAAAGAGCAAAUUUAUUAGAAACAGCAAUGUCAUUAUUAACUGAAAUUAAAAUAAAAAUAUAUUCCAUUACAUUUGAUGGAGCCCAUGUUAACACUGCUAUGUGCACUCAUUUAGGAGCUAAGUUUACAUUAAAUAAUCCAAAAACAUUUAUAGAGUAUAAGGAUACAGAAGGCAAAGAACAACAAAUGUUUAUUUUUUAUGACCCUGCACACAUGCUAAAAUUAAUUAGGAACACAUUUCAAAACAAAAAAGUUAUUAAGAAUAAAAAUGGUCAGCUUAUUAAAUGGGAGUAUUUAGUAAAAUUAGUAGAUGUACAAACAAAUCAAAAAUUACAUGCUGUUAACAAAUUAACAUAUAGACAUAUACAUUUUUUUAAUGAGAAAAUGAAUGUUCGUCUCGCAGCUCAGACUCUAAGCCAGAGUGUUUGUGAUUCAUUAAAAUUCAUGUCGACAGUUGAUAGUUCAUUUGAAGAUUCUUCAGCUACAUCUGAAUUUUGUGCAAUGAUAAACAAUGCUUUUGAUAUAACAAACAGUCGGUCUAAAUUUUCUAAAAAACCCUUUAACAAGGCAAUAUCUGAAGAAACAUUUGAAAAAUAUGAAGAAUUCAUGAAAGAAUUUAAAAUCUACAUUAAAGGUUUAUCAUUUUUAGAUGGAACUAUGGUUGUAAAUUCUCAACGAAAAACAGGGUUUUUAGGACUUUUGUUUUCCCUAUAA